CUGGAGGGGCUUAGGAUUUCGGGUCUCUGGCCGUGGAGCCCCAAUCUCCUGGGGGAUGAGUGUUAGGACCAGAGUGGUUUUAAGGAAUCAGUCUCCUUAGCUAGCUCACAUAUUGCCCAGCAAAGACAAGCACCUCCAGUUGCAGCCGGUAGUUUCCUACCACAAGAGGAGGGCUGGGGUUUAUAAAGCAGGUAGAACCUGGUCGGAAGUUAGGACUCGAUAAAGUAAACAUGGAACCCCCAUUUGCCAACGGACACCACCGGAGGAAUGCUAGCAGACAACAUUUAAAGAUGGCUUACUAAGACCCUGAUGCUUUUCUAAGCUAUCUGCACGUAUUAACUCCUUUGGUUUUCUAUUAGACCCACGACGUGGAGACGAUUAUCCCCCACUUUAUAGGUGACAAAACUGCAGCAUCAAGGUUAAAGCAAGAGAACAAUCUUUUAAGACUAGGGAUGCUGUCGGGGGUACUGGGGUACUGACAACGAACUUCAAGUGGGGAAGAGAACUUCCCAUUGUAUCUACCUCCAGCAAAAGAAAUACAUAAUUCAACAUGGUACAGAAAAAUCUGUGAACAGAGGACACACUCUCCCCUACUGGCCGGAGCCUAACAUUGCGGCAAGAGAAAAAGAGCUGACGAGGAACCGCCCUAUAUCUGGGAUGAGGCGGGGCUGCAGUGGUGGGAGGAACCAAGGCCCCGCCCCUCUCGGUGGAGCUAGUCAUUUCCGUCCUCCGCGGAACUGAGAAAUCGGCGGGCCGAGUUGUGGGCGGAACGCCUCUGGUAGGAAUUCUCUGGUAGGAAGUGGCGCUUGAAUCCGAACGGCGUGCACAGGCCUCGUCCCAGGAUGGCCGAGCUGGAGGCCCAUGGUCGCCUGUGGCUCGAGAGUCCCCCUGGGGGGGCGCCUCCCAUCUUCUUGCCCACGGACGGGCAAGCCCUCAUCCUGGGUCGGGGACCUCUGACUCGAGUCACCGACCGGAAGUGUUCACGAAACCAAGUGGAGCUGGUUGCAGACCCUGAGACCCGGACAGUGGCCGUGAAACAGCUGGGAGUCAACCCCUCAACUGCGGGGACGCAGGAACUGAACCCGGGGUUGAAGGGCUCUCUGGGGGUGGGGGACACGCUGUAUUUGGUCAACGGCCUCCACCCCCUGAUCCUGCGCUGGGAAGAGGCCUGCACAGCAGGACCCCAGCCAGACACUCCACCCGGCACCCCUCCGGUGGACCCAGACGUGAAGGAGGGUACCGAGCAGCGGAAAAAGCGGAUGCGGAAGUCAUCCCCAGGCUGGGAAAGCUUCGAGAAGCUGCUGGUGUUCACGGCACCUGGGGUGAAGGCCCAGGGCAAGGUGGCCAGCUUUGAUCUGGAUGGGACUCUCAUCACCACACGCUCUGGGAAGGUCUUUCCCACCGGCCCCAGCGACUGGAAGAUCUUGUACCCUGAGAUUCCGCGGAAGCUCCGUGAGCUGGAAGCCGAGGGCUACAAGCUGGUGAUCUUCACCAACCAGAUGGGCAUCGGGCGCGGGAAGCUGCCAGCAGAGGAGUUCAAGGCCAAGGUGGAGGCUGUGGUGGAGAAGCUUGGUGUUCCAUUCCAGGUUUUGGUGGCCACUCAUGCUGGCUUGUACCGGAAACCAGUGACUGGCAUGUGGGACCAUCUGCAGGAGCAGGCCAACGAGGGCAUGCCCAUCUCCAUUGAGGAUAGCCUCUUCGUGGGGGACGCUGCCGGUCGCCCCGCAAACUGGGCCCCUGGGCGGAAGAAGAAAGACUUCUCUUGUGCAGACCGCUUGUUUGCCCUCAACCUCGAUCUGACCUUCACCACACCCGAGGAGUUCUUUCUCAAGUGGCCUGCAGCCAGCUUUGAGCUCCCAGCUUUUGACCCGAGGACCGUUGCCUCCUCAGGGCCUCUCUGCUUCCCUGAAUCCAGCUCCCUUCUGAGCUCUGACUCUGAGGUGGUCGUCGCCGUGGGAUUUCCUGGGGCUGGGAAGUCUACCUUCCUCAAGAGGCAUCUGGUGUCCGCUGGAUACGUCCAUGUGAACAGGGACACCCUGGGUUCCUGGCAGCGCUGUGUGACCACCUGCGAGGCAUCCCUAAAGCAGAAGAAGCGGGUAGUGAUAGACAACACAAACCCAGAUGCCCCGAGCCGAGCCAGGUACAUCAAGUGUGCUCAAGACGCAGGCGUCCCUUGCCGCUGUUUUCUCUUCACUGCCACCCUGGAGCAGGCUCGCCACAACAACCGCUUCCGGGAGAUGACCGGGUCCCCGCACGCUCUAGUCACCGACAUGGUGAUGUAUAGCUACAGGAAGCAGUUCGAGGCGCCCACGCUGGCCGAGGGCUUCUCUCAGGUGCUGGAGAUCCCAUUCCGACUGCACCUGGCACCACAGCUGGAGCGACUGUACCGACAGUUCUCCGACGGCUGAGCUACUGCCCCUCGCCUUCACAAUAAAUGCUGUUUUUCUUCAA